UCACAGUAAAAGUAUGUUGACGGUGACCGUCUACCGUAGCAAUUUAUGGGUGUUAUUUUAUUUAUUUAUUUACUAUGCGUUGAUUAAUUUGAAGACCAAUAUGCAUUUAGAAUGGCUCUCCAAUCGCGCGUAAUUUAAUUCAGGAGGUUAUACAAACUUUCAGUGUAGCAGGUUACAUAGAAAGCAAUCAGUGAUCGGACGAAGUCAAUUCUCGGUCUGUCUCUAUUGACCAAUUCAUUUAAUUUAUUUGAAUACACACAUUUGUUUUACAUAGAUGUUAUAGACUUCGCUGAUAUGGAUGUUCGUUUGGAAAACCACCACAAUACUGCUGCUGCGGGUUUGAGUCCAGAAAUGCUGUCAGUUGCACGGGAAGCCUUCCGUGCUGGGGACUUCAACCUCCUUGCUGAGAUCUACAGCUCGCAGCUGGCGGACCUCCGACACCCGGACCGGAGCCUCUGCCUCCUGAAAGCGGACGCGCUCAGCAGGGCUGGGCGGAUAGCGGAGGCUCUGGAUUCAUACUGCACCGCCGCCAACUUGGACAAGUUACGACCAAACGAACUAGGGUCUCUCGUUGACUGUAUUGCGCACACUUUGCGCGUAAAAGAACGCCUAAAAGAAUGCACAGACUCCAAUGGGGUUUCCGAGGAUGAGCAUUCGUUGGACCUGUUCUCAUGUCGGCUUUGCAAGUGCUUGUUAAUCGAGCCAACAACUUUGGAAUGCGGCCAUACAUUCUGCAAACCAUGCAUUGAAGAUGACGGUAUCAAAGAAUGUGAAUUAUGUCGUUACAAACUGAAAAAAACAAAUAGAGAAUUAAAGCCAAUCGGUUUUAAAGUGAAUGUAGUACUCAGUGGCCUGUUGGGUAAAUGGUUUUGCGCAGAGAGUGAAGCAAGACGAUGCUGGCUUGAAGGAGAUAGAAUGCGGAAUGAACAGGGCUUUAUCAACGCCCUUGAAAAAUACAACAACGCUCUUGAAAAAGCCCCCUAUAUGUGUGGGCUGCUGGCCCGACGGGCAGAGCUGCAUAUGGAGAUGAACAGCUUCAGACAGGCCCUACAGGAUGGAGACGCCAUGUGUCGACUGACGCCCCUCUCUCCCAAGGCUCACUAUGUGAAGGCCCUGGCUCUGAACAAAGCCGGUUAUAAUGAAGAGGCCCUGCAAGAAUACUUAUACUGUCUGGCUUUGAAGCCAGACUGGACAUCAGUCAAGCUGGAAACGCAGAAGUUAAGCUACUCCGCUAUGCUGAGUGAGAUGUUCUCCACGUUCAAGACGGACGGUCUCCCCACGUCAUCACUCCGCCCCCACCAAACAGGCCCCGCCUCCCACCUCAAACCAGCCUCCCUUCUCCUCAACUCCCUCCAUUCCACCCCUCGUAGAUGGAACCAAACCCCUACUGGCCGUAGAGACAGUUUGUCUGACACCGGAGCAGAGACCAAGUCCUCAUGUGAGGACUCCAAGACCCUGGCUUGUGUCCUGGCUGCCUUACCUCUCCCCCCUGUUCUAAAGAGGAAGCUCUCAGACGAGCCCCAAGGCUCUGCACCCCCCAACAAGCUGCCCAGAAAAGAUGAGUCAAGCUCAUCCCAGAUGCCUGCUGCUUGUUGCAGUGAGAGGAGAGAGGUGCCUCCUCAGCUCCUGGAUAGUGCUGACAUGGACUGCUCUGUUUGUAUAAGGCUGUUCUACGAGCCAGUCACCACCCCCUGUGGACACACCUUCUGCAUGAAGUGUCUUGAGCGCUGUUUGGACCACAACCCCAACUGCCCGCUGUGUAAAGAGAACAUUACAGAGUACCUGGCCACUAGAGGGUACCAUAAGACCCUGCUGAUGGAGGAGGUGCUGCAGCGCUACCUGUCUGAGGAGCUGGCUGAGAGGAGCAAGGUGCACCAGGAAGAAAUGGCAGAGCUGUCAAACUUAGCCCAGGAAGUGCCCAUCUUCAUCUGCACCAUGGCCUUUCCCACAAUUCCCUGCCCUCUGCAAGUCUUCGAGCCGUGUUAUAGGCUGAUGAUCCGACGCUCUAUGGAGACGGGAACCAAGCAGUUUGGAAUGUGCAUCGCUGACGACAUCAAAGGCUUCGCAGACUACGGCUGCAUGUUGGAGGUGACAGACGUGAAGUUCCAACCAGACGGGCGCUCGGUGGUCGACACGGUCGGAGUGUCCCGCUUCAGAGUGUUGAGCCACGGCCACCGUGACGGCUACAACACAGCCAAGAUAGAGCACCUGGAGGACCAGAAGGUGGAUGGAGAGGAGCUGGCGGAGCUGCAGAAGCUGCAUGACUUUGUGUACGAGCAGGCCAGCACCUGGUUCACCUCCCUCAAAGACAAUAUGAAGAACCAGAUCGUCAGUCACUUUGGACAGCUGCCUGAAAAAGACCCUGACAUACAGGGGAGUGCCAGUGGUCCUGCAUGGUGUUGGUGGCUGCUGGCUGUACUGCCCCUGGAGAAGAGAGCCCAGCUAAGCAUCCUGGCCAUGACCACCCUCCGAGAGCGCCUCAGCACCACCCGCCGCGUGCUCAGCCUCGUCACACGCAAACACCCUCCACCGCGGCGACCAUCUUCAGCAGCGGCAGCAUCAUCAUCACUGUAGUGGCCCCCUGAGAGGUGAUCAGUUUAGAAUAAUUUGGGCCCAGUUAGGCGAAAUCCAGAUUGUCAAAAGUUACCUAUCGGCUAGGAGUAAAUGCAUAGAAAUAUAAUGAAUAGAAAGGGAGUCCCCGUUGAAGUCGGUUAUUUUUCUGUUCUAUUCAUUAUAUUUCUAUGCAUUUAAUCCUAUCUGAUAGACAAAAUCCGGAUAGAUCCUUUUUGGAAAACUGGGCCAUGGAGAAGAAGGGAGAAGAUACUCCAUUUCUCAGAAGCUCUAGCCUCAGAUAAAGAGUUUCAACAGUGGGAAUGAUUCAGCAGUGUUGUUCAUGAUCUCAGGAAUGGGUUCUACUUGAGUCUUACAAAAAGGAUUGAUAGACUAGCCCUACCCAACCAAAACGCAUAAAUGGGUGUCAGGUUUGCACACAUAUCUUUGGGUCAAUUUCAUUAAGUCCAGUUUUGUCAUGUGUAUGUGUGGUACAUUAGGUUUAUUUUGUUAUUGUUUUAUUGUUGGCCUGUGUUCAAAUGAGGCCUUAAAUUAUUUUUGCAAUAUUUAUUUUCUACUAUUUGUCAUGUGAAGACAAUUUUCAUGUAUAGAAAUUUAGCAUUUUUCUAUGGGACAUAGCACAGACAUUGUAGUAGCACCAAAUAUCCACAUAGUGGCAGUAAGUGUGAGCAAAGAGGAUCAGUGCAGACAACCCGACAUUUGAACAGGUGUUUUUUGCGGAGGACAGAUCCACCCCUUUCCUCUCUGUCACAAAAACAAUGGACAGUAGGACAACACCCCUGUCAUUCAACAGCAUAGUUUAGUUAAAUUAAUCAAAGCUUGAUGAAAUAUAGUAAGCCUAAAUCAUAUCUUUAUAAGUGGCUUCAUAGCUCGUCAACCAUCUUGAUUAAUUAACCAAUGAUUUUCAGCUCGCUCAAUUGCCCAGAUACACAUCGGAACUAAUGUUUUCAGCCUCUCCAUGGUGUGUUUUCCCAGCUGUGUUCUGAUCUAGCCAGACUGGUCACAGGAGCUGAAGUUGGUUUGUCCCAGGUUGAAGUCCCUUAAAGGGAAUUUUCAUCAUUGGAUGCUGUAUAGCAGGGGUGUCAAACUCAUUCCACAGAGGGCCAAGUGAUUGCAGGUUUUCUGUUCUUUCCUUUCAAUUAAGACCUACACAACCAGGUGAGGGGAGCUCCUUGCUAAUUAGUGACCUUAAUUCAUCAAUCAAGUACAAAGGUGGAGCGAAAAGCUGCAGACGCUCUGCACUCUGUGGAAUGAGUUUGAUGUGCUGUACAGUAACUAUUUGUAAUUUUUUUUACAGUAACAAUGAGGCCAAGUGGUGUUUCUUUCCACUGUGCUGUUGUGAGUUAUGCAUAGACACUCACCUUCAUAGUUAUCUACAUAAGUCUAUUCCAAAAUCACACAGUGGGUCUCUUUCCCCCCACAACCAGAGGUUGUCAAGAGACUUGGGCAAAGGCACAAAAUAUGCCAUAUUCCAAAUUGUAAGGACUGGUGUACCCUGUGUGGUCACCACAUUAAAAGCUUCUGUGACUUGGCAUAUUUCACCCACACAGUCAGAUCUUGGAGAAGCAGCCAGGUGAGUAAUUUGGGUUACUUAGAAGUCAGAACCGGAGACAUGUCAUAUUUGUAGACAAUGAGUCACCUCCGUGCUCCGUCAUCACCAUGUUGGAAUGAUCUGGAUUCUCCCUAAUUGAUUCAUUACCAAACCCUCUUGAUAAACACACACGCCAUCAUUCUCCCAGACCAUUGGAGGUUGCUGAGAGGAGGACGGGUCCUAAUAAUGGCUGGAAAGCCGCAAAUGGAAUAGCUUCAAACCAUAUUUGAUGUAUUUGAUACCAUUCCACUGAUUCCGUUCCAGCCAUUACCAUGAGCCCGUCCUCCCAAGUAAAGGUGUCACCAACCUCCUGUGUCCCAGACACAUUUGCAGAAAUUGCUCAUCACUACAUUUUUGUUAACAGGAAUGUGAAAAUUGCAUUCAGUGAAUCUUAACUUAUACCUUUUUUAAAUGUAUGAUUUUGUUACUUGUGUGUUCAUUGGGCCCAAAACGUUUAUUAUUCCAACCAUUCCAUAUAGUUAUACGUUUACCAUUAAGGUCAUCCUCAACAUCCUCUUGUCAAUUUGAGUGUGUUCAGGUGUGUUGGCCACGUUUGUGUCUUGAAAGGGGGUCUUUUUGAACAGUGGGAAAGAAUGCUCUGCAGGAAAGUUUUUUUUGGGGGGGGGGUUUAACUUUUUAGCAUGGCCUCUUUGAACCAUCUGUUUUA